GAGUAGACUACUAAUGAUCACUGCCUUUAGACAAAUAGCAAGCAAGAGAUGUUUAGCUACCGCUGCAUCUCCAGCUGCCAAGCUUCCAUUCACUGAUAACAAAUCCAAACUUGAUAGAGCUACCUUGACCAUCAAAAACGGGCCCGUGUUUAGUGGUUAUUCCUUUGGUGCCAACAAGAAUGUCAGUGGUGAAGCUGUGUUCACUACCUCGUUGGUGGGGUACCCUGAAUCCAUGACUGAUCCUUCGUACAAGGGACAAAUCUUGUGUUUCACCCAACCAUUAAUUGGUAACUACGGUGUUCCUUCUUCGUCUGUCAAGGACCAAUUUGAUUUAUUGAAAUAUGUUGAAAGUCCUCAAGUGCAAUGUAUUGGUAUUGUUGUGGCUGAUGUGGCUUUGGAAUACUCACAUUGGACCGCAGUUGAGUCCUUGCAACAAUGGUGUCAAAGAUCCGGUGUUGCUGCCAUUACUGGGGUCGAUACUAGACAAUUAGUCACAUACCUUAGAGAACAAGGUUCGUCCUUGGGAAAAAUUACUAUUGGUGAAGAAUAUGAUGCUGAUGAAGAUGCAGCAUUUGACGAUCCUGAAACUGUUAACUUGGUUCAUAAAGUUACUACUAAAGCUCCAUUCCACAUUGCUUGUCCUCCAGAACACUCUAAAAACAUUCACAUUGCCGUAUUGGACUGUGGUGUCAAGGAAAACAUCUUGAGAUGUCUUGUUCAAAGAGGUGCUUCCCUUACUGUGUUCCCAUACGAUUACCCAAUCCACAAGAUCGCCAAUAAGUUUGAUGGGGUUUUCAUUUCCAAUGGUCCAGGUGAUCCAACCCACUGUUCUUCUACUGUUCAACAUUUGCGUCAAACCAUGGACACCCAUCGUGAAUUACCAAUUUUCGGAAUUUGUUUAGGACAUCAAUUAUUAGCAUUAGCCUCCGGUGCCAAGACCAUCAAGUUGAAGUACGGUAACAGAGCCCAUAAUAUCCCAGCCUUGGACUUGAUCACAGGUAAAUGUCAUAUAACUUCUCAAAACCACGGGUAUGCUGUUGAUGCCACCACUUUGAGUCCAGAAUGGGAGCCAUAUUUCACCAAUUUGAACGAUUUAAGUAACGAAGGUAUGAUUCAUAAGUUCCAACCUGUUUUCAGUACCCAGUUCCAUCCAGAAGCUAAAGGUGGUCCAUUGGACACUUCAUUCUUGUUUGACAAGUUUUUUGAAAAUAUCGAAACUUACAGAAGCAACAAUGGCUUGAACUUGGCUAAUGUUGACAACAGCUUAUUGGUUGAUAUUUUACCAAAACAAAGAGUUUAUUAGAUUUGUAGUAGCAUAACAUACAUUGGAUAAUCAUUAAUACGGCCAAUUUGUGUUUACAACUGUAUGUAUGUAUCAACUAAUGUCCUUCGGUAAUCAGAGAUGAAACGCUCGGAACUUGCCGCGCAUCUCGUAAUUGUUCCGAUGUGAAUUUUAUUGUUUGUGUGUGUGUAGCAUUAGCUAACAAUAGAAAAUGGCUAUGUGUGUUCCACGGGGUUUGAAAACCGAUCACAAUGUCAUAGUAUAACUCAAACCAUAUCCCGUAGCAAGUAUAAGUGUAUGUAUAUAGCAUUAGAUAGAAGUAACAUCUCGUUUAUCCUCGUUUAAUGGUCGUUCCUGGAAAAGAAAAACGUCAAUGCAUAGACUAUAUAAACGAAGUCGCUCCAUAAAAAAGCAACCCGCCAACGCAUCCAGUUAGAUUGCAACCGUAGGUAACGCGAUGAGUCUCAUGCCACGAAUAAGCAUCUCGUAUAAACAGUUAAGAAAAAUAUCGGAAAAACUGUUACUAUUAAACCAAUGUCCUCGUCGUAUAGCUCGUACCUAAAUUUGUCAAUGCCAAUAACAAAACAUAACCGGUUUUUGAAUACAUCGUAUGAUUCUCAUUAUUUUUU